GUUAACAAAUCCUUUAAAAGCUUAAGAAAACAAAACAACUUACAUUAUGAAAAGAAGCGGAAUCCUUCAACUUGAAGCGGUUUAACUUAUAUUUGUACUACCAAGGAUUAGAAAAAACAAGUACAGCUAUCCGUAAAAGAUGACUUCUAGAGCUAUACUCUUUUACAUACCGCUGUUUGUAUUUCUUACAGUACAAAAAGAAGCAGUAUCUCUGGAUUGCUACAUGUGCACAGAUAUUGGCAUUUAUGACAACUGCAGCAAUGUUAUCCAGUGUGGUAACGGACAGUCAUGCUUUACAGCGUCUGAAACAGUCGGCGGAAAUACAAAAUUUACACUGGGCUGUACUGAGAAAUGUGGUUAUAUACCUAUGUACCCUGGGAGGGUACAGAAACGUGACACAGAGAGCCCGAGGGAGUCGUGUUAUGAGUGUUGUAGUAGUGAUGUAUGUAACAGCAGACUGUGCAACAGUGUAAACCAACAUGAUGGAUGGGCUGACUGGUCUAAUUGGGGCACUUGCUCUGUGUCCUGUGGUACGGGAUUACAGAUAAGAAAUCGCAACUGCUCUUCAAGAUACAACAAUCAUUGUUUUGGGGACUCAUCUCAAUACAGAAUCUGUCAGACGGAACCUUGUGUCAUUGAGCGAUCGACCUUGACUAUUGCCUUCCAGGCAAAUAGGUUGACAAACACUCGUUUAGACCCUGGACUGACCUUGACCUUCGGCCAUGUUCUCGUCAACCAGGGAGAAGCCUACAACAGUUCAUCUGGCGUAUUUGUCGCUCCGUAUAGAGGAACAUACACAUUCAAUGCACAUGUGUGUCUUGUUUCCGGUAAGGCAAUGGGUUUCAGUAUCAUGGUUGGAUCUGUAGCCUACGCUUCUACAUAUGGUAGGGGUUACAACGGUUGCGAGUGUUCGUCCAUACAAGCUAUUGCGAUCCUGCAAAAGAAUGCUAGGGUCUCUGUCCAGUGGAAAACGUACACGCACACACAGAGUAAUGUAAUCUGUGAUAGUAUUCCAGUGAGUUCCUUUUCAGGUUUAUUAAUAAACAGUAACUGAUAAAUGCAUUGUUAUAAUUAUUUUUGGAUAUAUUUCAUUACAAAGACUCUUCGUUCUUGAAACAAUAGUGCUUAUUUCAACAGCAUCAGAAAAACUGAGCAGAAUAUCAGGAUUUUCAAGGUUAUGAAACAGUGAUGCUAAUAUCGUGCAUUUGAAGUUCCACCAUUCAGAUUCUUUAAAUGGUUUUGAUACAUAAAGCUGUCAUCUGAAAUAAGCACCAUUGCCCUUUAGUUGAAAAUCUACAUUACUUAAUUUCCACACAUCUUUAUUUAAAUUAUUAUUUCAUAGAAGCUUUUUUGUUGCUCUGAACUGACUGGUCAGCCAUUAAAACCAGUAACUUGAAUGUUUGUCUCCUUUUGUUUUUUUAGCCGUUCAAUUAAUUGUUGUUAAUUGUUUAAGCUCUGCUGUAACCACCUAAAACGGUGUGGAAAUGAAAACAAUUUUUUUGUUGUAUUUUUUCUACACAUGUAUAUAUGUCUUUUUACACUGUUUUUGGUUGACCAUUAGCCAGCAGACAGCAAGUGAUUCUGCCUUUGCGACUAGCGCAGACCAAGAUCAGCCUGCACAUCCUUGCAGUCUGAUCAUGGUCUGCACUGUUCGCUAUUUAGUCAGUAUCUUUUUUGGCAAGCACCCCUUUUAACAAAUGAUGGUACUGUCCAAAUUGAAAGAUGGACAGGUUCAUUAGAGAAAUUUAGCAGGGAAAAGGAUUAAGGUAUUGGACCCCUAAUAGUAAUGUUUUAGAAAUGGCAUUUGCUUGGUAUAUUCUUAAAGUUGACCAUGUUUCACACUGUGUUGCAAAUUUUAAACAACUUUUACCGUGCGGUUUUUUGUAAACUUUGUAUAAUCUAUGGUAUUUCCUCACGCUCAGGAAGAGACAAAAUUCAAUGUGAUGGCCAAUAUCUAAAACGUUUGCAGAGAAUUCAUGACAACAUUAAUUUUGAUAAAAGAAACAUCAAACUAUUGUUAAACAAUUAUAAAACACAAAAAAAACUUUAAAAAUCAUUUUUGUCUAGGGUGCCUCAAGUAAACAGAUUUAAUGAGACAGAAUUCUAACUCCAACAUUGAAAAAUUAAGGUCGAAUCCGGUGGGUCUGUUUUGAACUUUGCUCAAUUCAUUCAAAAAUAACCUUGGGGCAGUAGUAAAACCUACCUGCAUUUCUUCCACAAUAUGUAAUCUACAGAAUGAAGGCAAAAUAGAGAACUUUUACCGCACGUAACUCAGUAUUUUUAAAGAUUUCUAACUCUACCCCUCCUGAUUCAGAGGUAAAUUCACAUUGAACAGCAACAACUCGCUUAUAAAAUGAAAAUUUUCCACUUUUGUACAAUUCAUCCAUAAUUAGUCUUGAAAGAAGUAAAAACCUACUAGAAAAAAAGGAAAACAUGGAAAAAAAUUUUGGUCCCAGUGGGGUUUGAACCUACGCCCCCCUCCCCCCCUGAAAAUUGUAGUCAAAGUAGGUUUAUGGUAGGAAUUGAAUACUCUUCAAAAAGGAGAUACUCUAUUACGGGUCCAAUACCUUAAGUGAGAAAAGAAAAUGCUGCUUUUGAUACACAGGUUGUACAGUAGAGUAGAGACCUUUAUUCGGAGAUGGGUUAUGGCACAAGCUUUACUGCAUAUUUUCGUCUUGAUUUGGGUAUCUACAUCAGAUUUUGAUCUUAUUUUCCAAAGACAAAAAGCCUGAUGUUUGUCUAUAGCAGAAAGAGCUGCACAAGCACGAAGCAAAUAUGGCUUCAAAUCGCUCACCCGAGUAACCUCGGCAGUAAACCCUGCAAUCAUAUCUGAAGUCAAACCACUUAAUGCAUAAUGCAUGAAUUAUUGCCAUAAAUCAUAGCUAGACUGUCAUGAAAGCCAUGUAACCUAUUGGCUAACAUUAAGUAAACGUAUAAAAUAUUCAAUGCCUCCGUUGGCUUCUGGUUUUUUUGCACAGGUCAUAAAAUAUAUUUGAAAAUGAUAUCCUUUUGCAUUAAUAUAUCCUAUUGCAUUGAAUUAAUUCAGAAUCUAACUGCUAGUUUCAUGGAAAAAGACAAUUUCAUAAAGACAUUUUUUACCAGCCAAUAUUCUUUGACUACUAUAGUAUGUAUUUCACUAAUGAAAACAAAACCCUGUACUCAACUCAUAUAGGAUACGGAAAUAUUUUCAAUCAGAAAUGAUGUUAAUUUUAUGACUUAAUAAUGAUCGAAAAGUCUGCAGUGGAUAUGUAACAAACCAUCAUGAUACUAUAUAUCAAUUGUAUAUUUGACUGUGAUUGCAUGUGAUGUGUGAGACUUUUAAUUUUGUUUACACUUCUUUUAUUUUUUUUUUAUUGCGUGUGUAUGUGCAAAUGUUAUGAAGGUCACUUUUGUACAGAUUUAUAUUCUUCAAUAAAAGCUUAUUUUGA